CCUCCAGAAAGGGUCAGAGAAGGAGGUUAGGUGAGCCCAGCAGUGUACGUGGAUGCCUAGUCUAUAUGGGUCCAGCAGGGUUACGGGAGUGGGUCUCAGAGGAAGGGGAGGGGUCAUGGGGUGGAGAGGAAGGAGACUGAGGGUCCCAGGAGGAGCCCAGUGGCAUUGGGUCCCCUUCCAUUGUCUGAAGACUCCUAACAGCUGAAGACAUCUUCUUGGAGAACUUCGGUAAUAAUGGUUGGCGGGUCAAGACCUACCUGUGCUACAGGGAGGCUCCCUUCUUGUAUCCGUCCCUCUCUCUCUGCCCCCAUCCAUUCACGCUCAGAUCACCAGCACGGUCCAACCUUGGAAAGUGAGCACAGCUGUUGAGACAGUGGACGGAGACCUAUAUACAUUAUGAGGAGUGUCUAACCCAUAGUAAGCAUUCUAAAGUUGUUUGCUGCUUUCUGUUACUAGAAAUCAGUCUCUGAAAAUAGGAUUACACAUCAUCUUGCAAAAGUUGUAUAAGACUCAUUGACUAAAAACUACAAAACAUCCUGAAAGGAAAGCAAAGAAGGACCUAAGUAAGCGGAAAGGUAUUCAGGCUCAUGGACUGGAAGGCUAGAUUCCAUGCAGUUCUAAUCACAUUCUCAGGACGAUGCUGCCAAGCCAGACUACGUUUCCCAGCAUGCCCUUUCCAGUAGAUCUGGGUUAGGGUGGGCCAAGGAGAGAUUAUUCUGGUCAAUUGAGAGGGAGGAAGUGAAGCAGCAGCCUUUUCUAGAAUGUUCACAUGCUGAGCAGCUGACUUCGCUCACAUCCUUGGUGUGAAGUCGCAAUUUGGGGAACUUCCCCCACAUCCUCCUUGAGUUUCAGCAACACCAGAGCCAGGUGUGUGUCCUUAAAAGGUGGUGAAGGGCCCCAGCAGGACACCCAGACCACUAAGUCAGAGGCAAGAACAACUGCUUGGGUUUUUGUGCAGCCUCGCCUGCUGCACAGCCCACACUUGCAGGUUCCAGCUCGUUCUUGCUCUCCCACGUCUUACAUCUGCCACCCCUUCCCAGCUGCUUGUCUCGAGGGCUUCAGGCUGCAGCAUCAGACAUGAAGACACCUUACAGAGGCUGUGUCAGCAGCCCCCACAGUGGUGUGAAGUCAGAGUCCCACAAGAAACCUUUAGAUGUGCCAUGUGGUCCAGCAACCCCAUCCCGGGGAUACAUCCAGAGGAAAUGAGGUCAGUACCUUGAAGAGCUGUCUGCACCCCCUGUGGCCACUGCAGCGUUAGUCACAACAGCCAAGACGUGGAAACAACCUGUGGAUCCAACCAGCCACAGAUGAGGGGAUAAAUGCAGGCUACAUAUGCAAUGGAAUAUCAUUCAACCAUCAAAUAGUUGCCAUUUGUGACAACAGGAAAGGACCUUGAGGGCACUGUACAAAGUGAUAAGACAGACAGAGAAAAACAGGUGUUUAUGGUAUCAUAUAACUUAUAUGUGGAAUAAGAAAAAAAGGCAGAGUCACAGAAACAGAGUGGAAUGGCGGUUGUCAGAGCAGGGGGAUGGUUCCGAGAUGAGAUGCUGUCCAGUGAUGAGCAGCAGCAUGUCCCCUGCUUUGUAUCCUGGAGGCCCUGCUCCAGCUGUGCAGAGCGGGUGGCCCAGUUCCUGCAGCAGCACAGGGCCUUCGCCGCCUGCCUCUUCGCCGCCCGCCUCUCCUACUUCUGGGACCCGGCUACCUGGCAGGGGCUUCGCAGGCUGUGUGGCGAGGGGGCCCCGGUGGACAUCAUGUCCCUGCAAAGAGUGGGAGGGCCCAGGAGGCUCUGGAGACAGAGGCUCCCGGGGCAGGACCUGACUGCUCUCCCCUCUUUAUCUGAUCUUGAAUACUGCUGGGACCACUUUGUGUACAACCAAAGAAUGCCCUUCCUACCGUAGAGGAACCUGGAUCGGAAUUAUAAUUUCCUGGUCACAGAGCUUGAGGAAAUCAGGUGAGGGCCUCCUCAGCCUCCUCCUGCCCUCCUGGGGCCUCAGGCCCGGCCUCCUCUUCCUCCUGCUCCUCCUGCCUCCUCCCCUCAGGGUCUCCGCUCCCCCACCUGCUUCCUCCCGUCUCACCACACUAACCAAACCUUGUUAUUAGGCAACAUGUACACGGGCAUGAAUAGCUAUGAGUGUGAAAGUCAGAUUGUUAGGCUGGAGGAAGGAAAAACAAGGACAUGCAAACAGAACAGAGAGAAACCAUAGGGGGAGAAGAGACCAGACCCCCAAGGUCUGUGCCUUAUAUGGAAAGGGGACAGCUCUCCCUGAAUUCCAUCCUUCUGAUGUGCCAACUAAGAC